GGCGGUGCUCUGGCGGGCAGGGUAUGGCGUCCAUGGCGGCGGCGAUCGCGGCCUCGCGCUCGGCGGUCAUGAGCGCGAACCGGCCACUGGACGAGCGGGAGCGGAAGCGCUUCACCUACUUCUCGUCUCUGAGUCCUAUGGCCAGGAAGAUCAUGCAGGACAAGGAGAAAAUCCGCGAGAAGUACGGGCCCGAGUGGGCGCGGCUGCCGCCCGCACAGCAGGACGAGAUCAUCGACCGCUGCUUGGUGGGGCCGCGCGCCUCAGCGCCCUCGGACUCCGGAGACCCGGGGGACCCGGCGCAUUUCCCCGGCCUGCGCGGGCCCACGGGCCAGAAGCUGGUGCGCUUCGGCGACGAGGACAUAACUUGGCAAGAUGAGCACUCUGCUCCUUUCUCCUGGGAAACAAGGAGCCAGAUGGAGUUUAGCAUUGCCUCCUUAUCCAUCCAGGAACAGAGCAAUGGUACAGCCACCAGUGAGCCAAGGCCAUUGCCCAAAACCUCACAGGGCAGCAGGUCCUCCAGCCUGGAUGCCCUGGGUCCAGCCCGGAAGGAAGAGGAGGCAUCCUUCUGGAAGAUCAAUGCUGAGCGGUCCCGGGAGGGGCCCGAGGCUGAGUUCCAGUCGUUGACCCCCAGCCAGAUCAAGUCCAUGGAGAAGGGGGAGAAGGUGCUGCCUACCUGUUACCGGCAGGAUCCCGGCCUGAAGGACCGGGAGGCCAAGGCCUUGCGCCAGGAGCAGCGAGUCCUUCCCAGCACAAGCACAGAGUGUGAGAGACCCCAGCCCAUCCAGGGCCCCACCAAUGUGUUACCUGAGGUCACCCCCUGUGAGCUACCAGGGAAACAGUUGUCUCCAGACACUAUGCAGGAUGAUGAGGAUGAGGAUGAUGUGCUAUUCCUGGAGCCCAAGCCUGCACAGGUCAGCUCAAGUAAUGUUGUCUUGAAGACAGGAUUUGAUUUUCUGGACAACUGGUAAACUAUGUUAGGAAAAAAAAAA